CGCACCGCGCUCGAACGGACAUGCGCACUGGAUCUUUGGAAAUGAAACAGUAAUUUGGCGGGUCGUUUGAAUGAACGAAAACAGAGCAGCCAUGUGGACGCUGGUAGCUGCGUGGGGAACCGAUCAAAUAAUACAACUUAACUUGUUUUAAUGUUUAUCUAAAAUAUGCGCUGUGGACGGCAGGAGUCAGCAUGAACCGAGGGAGGAAGACCUGCACCUGGACGCCGGAGGAGGACACCCGUGAGCAGCCUGGACUACUGGCAAUUACACAGAAUAGAACAAAACCAAACAGACUGAAGAGAAGUCCGAGAACCAGUCAGACCCAGAAAUCAGAUAUUAUUCACUUUAGAUCGGAAGAAGAUUUCAAAACACCAACCCGUGUCCAGAAGGUGGGGUUCAGGACUCCCGUUACGGACGAGUCCCCAAAUAAUGAUGAGUUCCAGCAUGAAAUCAUCUGGGAUCCAACAUCUCCCUGGACUCCUGUCAGAACCGGACGGGGCCGGAGGAGGGCCGCUGUUUUUAAAUCGGUGGACAUUGCAGACAUCGCCAACAGGAUAGCUCCAAAGAGCAAGAGGCCGGAGGCGGCAGAGUCUUCUUUGCUGCAGUGGAUUGGGGACACGGCCAUUCCAUGCACCCCGGAAAUCCGAGAGUCCAGGAUGAAGCCCAAACCAACAAGACAAAACCCUGUGGAUGACUUGCUGAAGUUAGCAAAACAGUUUGACUUCAACAUGAUCCAACAGGAGGAAGCUCAGAACUCUAUGAAAAUGCAUGAAGACCAGGAUCUGUUUUCUGAUGAGAUCGACCUCCCAGCUUCACCACAGACUCACUCUGAAGCGGAGAAGCCACCACCGGAUUUGGAGGACCAAACGGUCAUUGGUGAUCCUCUGGACGAUGAUCUGGAUUUGCUUUUUGAGGGGUCGACACAGACGGUCAGCAACCUGAGCCAGGGUUUCAGCACAUGUUCUCAUGACGUGGAUAAAUGCGCUCUACAGUUUGGUGUGAAUCGAGCGAAUACAGACUCGGUAAAGACGCCUGGUGUCACUCGAGUGGGUGGAGCGUCUGAUUUAAGCAAAGUCAUGCAAGUAGCUGACGAUUUUGAUGACGAUUGGAACAAUGACGAUUUGCUGGACGACUCGCUGGUGAUGGCGAUGACUCAAAACCCGGAACUGUUCUCUGUGCCUCAGCACAGCUCGACACAGAAGCAGACGAACAAAAAUGACAGCUCAUCAAACAUUGUUCCUCCUCAGAACGGUUAUGAAGAAACGAACUCUGGAGAAGCGCAAAGGUUCUCCCAAAGACUUGAGAGCUUUCAGAAUGGCCAAUGUUGGAACAAGACUACACGAAGUGCAAGGAAAGUUGAAUUUCAUGCGCCAAACAGUUCAGGAACUGGUAUGUCGAAGGUUCUUCUUCCCGGUAAAGUUUUAUCAAUAGUUCCUGGUUCCCAUGGUGUAUCUACAACUACUUCUCAGCUCAAGAAACCAAUGGAAAUCCAACCAUGGAAGGUUCAACCCACAGUUCCAAUUCCUUCCUUUUCCAGAUUGGACUCUCCUAGAUCUGGUCACUCGGCCACCAAGCUCGCCGUUCCUACGCUGAAGAUCAAUGCAGUUAGUGAGGAGAAGAAAAACCACGUAACCCCGGAGGAUGAUGUCCUCACUGACUUCGCAUCAGAGGACCUGGAUUCCAUCUUUGCAUCGGACGACAUCUGGGAAGACGGGGCAGAAGAUGAUGAUGCUUUGUUCUCGGAAGCCUGCGAGAAAGUGGAAGAUAUCAUGACUGAACAGGAACCUCCUCGAGAAGCGCCCAUAUUAAAACCAACACCGCAGAGCAGUCAGUGCACCACUGAUAAACGUGAGAACGUGGUUUUUCAGCCCUCUUCGUCCAACGCUCAGGUUUAUGCCCGCUGUCCAGCGCCAUCGAGUACGGCAGUUCUUCCUGGAGCACGUUUCAAUAACACUUCAGCAAUGGACAGCAGAAUGAUGAAGUCAUCAGAGAGCAGGUAUAAAUUCAGCCAUUUUAAAAGCACUACGAGAACAGAAAGUCCCACCUGCACUGCAGCUAGCGAGGUUUGUAAGAGCGCCACGGCAACCACCGUCCAAUUAUAUCGAAGAAUUCGAGAUGACCAUCAGUUCCCAAAGCCUAAUAGCAGCUUAAACGUUGGACCAGCUGUUUCUAAAGAUCAUGGAAAGUGGAACUUCAAGCUAUGGGGCCACCACCAGAAAUGUCCAAUUUGGACUCCUCUGUCCACAGAACGUUGUUAUUCACACUCCAAUCCUAAUGCGAGCAAAGUGGCGGUGACGAGAUGCAGCGACUCUGAGAUCGAGAAGAAGAAGCAGCAGGCCAUGGAGAGGCGGAGACUCCGAUUGCUGGCCAAUCAGAACCUCUGAGCUCCGGUAUGACGUUGCGUAAUCGCGAAAAUGACCCGGCGAAGAUGGCAGGUCCAAAUCGUUUAACGCUCCCAGCAUUAAAUUGCCCUGUUUGGGGAUAACAGACUGGAUCUUCUCACGGUCAGUCGUUUUGAACAGAAUCUCGAACAGCUGAGCCUCGGCAGGGGCUCGUCAGAUGAGCGUGUCCUGCUCCGGGACAUCUCAAAUCCAGGAAUUUCGGGGAGGUUCGGAAAUUCUGCAGCACAUCUGUCACUCUGGCACUUUUAAACGGUUGUAGUGUUAGAUGUCUUUCAGCUUUUUCUGUGAUGGAACUGGUUCUAAAUGUUCUUAAUGCUUUCUAAAUGUGUAUAUAUUCUUUUCUUGUACAGAUGAAAAAGAAAACCAUAACUAUAAGAUCACUACUAGUGGAUAAUAUUUUAAUACUAAUGUUUUAUUUCCAUUCUAUUAAAAUGAUUCGUCAAAACCA